CGGCAAAGUGUGUUGUCCUCAGUCUCUCGCCCCUGGACACACUGAGCAGUCAAACAGAGCUGCGUCAUCUGCGUGUGAGUCUGCACGUCCAGCUGAUUGUGUUUACUUCCCACCGAUGAUGGAAAACACACGCUGCUUUGCGAACCGCUUCUCCGACUACAGAGGUGGGCUGCUGCCAGGCCAGAGCGUCAAGGUGAUCGCGCCCACCGUGGUGGCCACCGUGGACAAAAUCCUGAAGAAUGUCCCCAUCGACUUCAGCGACUGUGACGGAGGACUGUACGAUGGACCAGCCGGGGUGGCGUACAUGCUGUACCACGUCAGCGAGUGUCCGCUCUUCUUUCAGCACCGGGAGGUCUACUUGAAGACGGCCAAGCAGAUGAUUGACCUGUCGGUCAGAUAUGUGGACGCGGAGCCGGAUAUAAAUAUGCGCGCCGCCUUCCUGCUCGGCGGGGCGGGCAUCUACGCGGUGGCCGCUAUGAUAUACAAGUCCAUGGGCUUGGCUGAUUUCGUGAAGCCGCUCACGAAAUUCCGCAACCUGUGGGAAGUUUGUGCGCCUAUCAAUUUUCUGGAAUGCGGUUCGGAUGAGCUGUUCGUAGGCCGGGCUGGUUACCUGUGCGCCGCCCUGGUUCUCAGACAGAAGCUGGGCAUAGAGAUUCUCAGCAAGGAUCAAAUCAAAUCUAUUUGCCAGGCCAUCAUCGAGUCAGGUAAACAGUACUCCAGGAGGAAGAGGAAGCCUUUCCCUCUCAUGUACUCAUACUUUGGCACCGAGUAUCUUGGUGCAGCCCACGGCCUCUCGUCAGUGCUGCAGAUGCUGCUGAGCUAUCAGGACAUGCUCAGUAGUGCAGAGAAAGACCUCGUGUGGCAAAGCAUCGAUUUUCUCAUGAACCAGGAGCAGAACUGUAAUUGGCCUGCAGAGCUGGGCGCCAUCAUUGAGAGAGAGAACGAACUGGUGCACUGGUGCCAUGGAGCUCCUGGGGUGGCGUACCUGUUUGCAAAGGCCUAUCUGAUCAAUAAAAGGCCCCAGUAUCUGGACACGUGUAUCCGCAGUGGGGAGCUCGUGUGGCAGAAAGGUUUGCUGAAGAAAGGGCCUGGGAUUUGUCACGGAGUUGCUGGCAGUGCUUACGUUUUCCUCCUGCUCUAUCGGCUCACAGGAAACUCAAAAUACAUCUACCGUGCUCAGAGGUUUGCGGAGUUCCUCUUCACUGAAGAGUUUAAGACCGGUUCCCACUCAGUGAGCAGUGUCUUCAGUCUGUUUGAAGGCUUAUCUGGGACGGUUUGCUUCCUUGUUGACCUCCUGCAGCCGGACCAGGCAGAGUUCCCUCUUUUCAGUGUCUUUGUGUGAGUGGGAAGCACUGACCUCUGCGGAGGUCUCUCCCUCCUUUUGAAAUCCCUUGAAAGUUGACUGUAGAAAGUGAGGUGAAUUUGAGUCAUUCACAACAUUUGAUCUAUGUGUGACAUCCUAAUCCAGUUUUUAAGUUUCCCUCCAUAUUUGUCCAGAAGCAGGAAACGUACAGUAUGUUUUCGAUCUUAUGUUUCUGCAAACCACUGUGAGCUUUGUGAAAAAAUAUCAUUAGUUAUUUACAUUUCUAAAGACAAGCAUACCAAUGUGAUAGAGUUCUACCCACUAUAGUUUUUGGCUGGAAUGAGGCUGAUGAUAACGAUUUAAUGGUAAAGAUAGGAAAAACAUCAAACACAUGGGGAUGUCCUCAUAAUAAAUAUUAAAAAAAAAUAAAAAUAAACAAAAGAAAACCUGUGUCACAGCUUUAAAAGACUCCAGGAUGACACAGCAAUGUUAGGUCUCGACCUCCAACUGUUGUCCAGAUGUAUCAGGUGUUGCACCUUCACCAACCUCUCCACCUCCCAAUGUGAAUUAAGCUAAACAUACUUAAGAACCAUAUCUCUUUUAUAAAUGUUGAUAUGACACAUAGGUAUAAAUCCAUUUGCUACAGAAACAUAGAAAAAUAAAAUGGCAACAUAAUAGAAAGGGAGCUGUUAUUAUUUGUCAAGAAAUAUCAACAAAUCACUUUUUUGUGUCCGAUACCGAUAUCAAAAACUCGAUAUUAGUCCGAUACAGUAAUUUUGGACCAGUUAUGAACGUUUGAAGCUGUUAACAACACCUUUGUGCUGAGUCAUUUCAAAGACAUAAUUCUCCAACUGUGUAACAAAUAUUGUUCUCCCCAAGAAGAAGAAAUAAACAGCCCAAACAUGACUCAGCUAAAAUGCUUUUGCUGAUUUUUAUUUACAUUUUUACAGUCUGUGCAUAGUGAAGCAUGCGACAUAUUGGAUUUUUGGAUGGUAUCGUAGUCUACAUUUUUAUCCAUGCGAUAUCCGAUCCAGUGAUUUUGACCAUACAGUAUUGGGCCGAUACCGAUACUGACCGAUACCGAUUCCCAUCCCUAAAACAACAUCUGCUCGUCCAGUGAUUGAAAUAUCAGCAUAUACUAAAAGGAUGCUGCUCUCAACAUCCGUAACAUAUGCACCAUUAAAUAAUUAGCAAAUACACACAAACAAGUCAAGUGUCACAUAAUGCCUUUUAAAGAUUUUGUACCACUUCACCAGCUCAGCAUCGCAUAUCACAGACCUUAGCCUUCGUCAGUUCUCAAACUGUUGUUGAAAGACUCUGAUAGUGAAUCUGUGUGGAGAGGUAUAGCCAAACUAGUUUACUGUCGUAAUCACAGUCGUACUCUGUGCAAUAUUAAUGGGUGACCUGUUUGACCUGAGGUGGUAGCUGUGGCAGCUGUUUGUAUUUGAUGUUUCAAACUGUGUUAGAUUCUGUACAUCGAGGAUGUUUGAAACGUUAGUUGUGAUUUGUUGUGACUAAAGUACCGUAGAGCGUAGGUUAGUGAUUCAGACUGAAAACAAAAAAGAGUAAAACCUUUUUCCAACUCAGUUGUAUCAAUUACACUCGAUGGAGGAUUCAUUACAUAAAUGAGGCCUUAACACAAAUUUAUAGGACGUGGUUAUGAUCAUGUCUCAAAGCAUAAAGAAAUGAUGUAAUGAUGGGAACUGAAAAUGCUUUUUCCAGUGACACUGAGAUGCAGCUCAAGUUGUUAAAAGCACCUGUGAAAAACUGCAAAGCAAAGCGGUCUCCCUCUGAUAACUAACUGUGCCUGUUGUGUACCAUUUACUGUAUAUGCCUUGUAUACGUCUGUGUAAUGAAUCAAACAGGAUUAUUGUUAUUAAUAAAGUGUCCAGAUAGAAACGUUUU